UACUGUUUCCACCCAAUUUGUUGCACUUCUCCCUCAGUGUUACAGUGAGUUUAAACAAUUGGGUGCAAAUAUGGAGUGGCCUACGUUUUUUCUAGAUCAAAUCAAUGGAAUCUCGCUUCGGACAAAAGAAUUCUUUCGCCCAUGGAGUAGUGUUGACAAGGUAUUCUUUCCGAUCAACUUCGACAACCAACAUUGGGUGUGUGGCGUAUUGGAUAUAAAUGAAUGGAGGAUGUAUAUAUACGACUCUGCCCAAUAUACGGAAAGCAUAGAGAGAGUGAAGAAGUUAUUGAUGCCAUUUAGGACACUAACACACCUAAUGAAGGCGAGUAACUUCUAUAUAUCAAAGGGAAUUCCAUCACCAGAUCCUCUACCGACAUUACAAUAUAAAUGUGUUCGUGAUGUCCCAAAACAGGAUGUUGGAAGUGGAGACUGUGGCAUUUUUUUACUCAUGUUUAUGGAAUACCUUGCCCGAGAUCACCCAUUUAAGUUUACAUCAGCACAUUCCAAGAGGUUAAGAAAGCGCGUGGCUACAACCAUAUUCCAAGGAAGGGCCCUCAGUUUCGAGGAUUUCUAAACAGGCAUGGAUGGACGGGCAUGCAUACGAAUUGGAUGUCAUUUUAUUAUUGCUUGAAA